AGCUGAAUCGACUUGGAAGAUGAAUUUUGUCAUUUUAUGUUAUACAUUGCUGUUCUGUGGCUUGACUUUGGCCCAGAGUGAUGAUAACGCUACUGAACCAAAGCCAUGCUAUCCUGACAUCUGUAAACUCCUGGAAGACUUUGGGGCUUUGACAGAAAAAGUCAACUCUGUGGAAACUAGGCUGGCUCAUUGUGAAACCAAGCUGAAGGACACUGACACUAGUCUUAAGGACAGUGAGACCAAGCUGAACCACACUGUAAACAGGCUGCAGGACAGUGAAAAUCAGAUUUUGGAGCUGCAACACAAAGAAAGAACCAAGAUCAUAUUUAGUGCAUUAUUAGGCGGUGGAUAUGUUGGACCCUUCAGCACAGACAGAACCUUAGUCUACAGCAGAGUAAUUUCAAAUCUUGGCAAUGCUUACAGUCCAGUAACAGGUGUGUUUACAGCACCUGUUGCAGGUGUUUAUUACUUUACCUUCUUCUGUCAUGCUGGAGGAAAUCAUCCUCAACGGGUUCAUCUGUACAAGAACAGUUUGGUGAUCGUCAUGGCAAGUGAUCAUAGUUCAAAAAAUGACUCAGCUGAUAAUGCAGGGAACGCAGUGUUCCUGCAGCUGCAACAAGGAGACAGAGUGUAUGUGCGCAUGGCUGCAGGCUCGCACCUUUGGGGAGGCGAAAGCCAAACAACUUUCAGUGGUUUUUUGGUCACUCAAAUGUGAGAAACAGCAAAUAUACUUCUGCUUGAGAUAACAAAACAUUGUGCAGUUGCUUUUAAAUAAGGCUUUUCACAAAUGGAAUAAACUUCUGUGGCAUCUGUGCUCAGUGGUAAUCGUUUUGGGGGUUUUUUGUGGCAACUUGUGUUUUCAUUUUAUCUUUAAUCUUGUACGUUAAGUCAUUUUAACAAUUGCUUUUACUCCGAUUUCAACUUGGUUUUAGUGCUAAUCAUUUUCUAUAUUGUGCUUUCUUUAAUUUCUUUGUAAUGUUUGUUUAUAAUGUUGAUUAAGGUGCCUUCAGUUUGCUCUGUAUUAAAGGUUAUUGCUUUAUAAAUGAAGUUAACUUGCCUUUUUUUUGUUUUCCGAAUGUGAAAAAGUCAAAUCAAUCAAUAAAAUUCAGUUUGAUACUUCAUUUAUCGUAAUGUAUAAUCAAUGUAGCAUAUAGAACCACCUUUGCUACUUCAUGUAAACCCUGCUCCCGUCUCCUUCUGUUGGGUGUGUUUUAAUUAGGUUUUAAUGGUUUAUCUGUUUUAUAAAGUGUGUGUUUUGGUUUUCAGUGUGAACAUGCAAACACGAAUUACUUUUUUGGAGGAUCCAAUUAUUUAAUGUUGUUUUUUAUCCCAACACUAUGAGAAGAUUUUAUAGAAAGACCUUCUUGUUUUUAGACACUGAUCUGAGAGGUAAAGUUUUGGAUUUGUUUUUAACUUAUAAAGCCUUGUAAGAGUUAAAGUCUCUUUUGAGUACUACAGGUAUUUCUGUAUUGACUGUAUUUGGAGAAAAAAAGCAGUUA